GUAAAUAGAUAUGGUAUUUCAUUUCUCGGGGAACUUUUCUUGAAGUUUCAUACACAGGGUUCAAACAAUAAGCAGGGAAGAUGGAUAUAUUGGGUCUCGUCACUAUUCCAGGCUGGUUACUGACAGUGUUAUUGAUUGUCCUGUCUCUCUAUUUGUAUUCAAAAUACAAAUUAAGUUUUUGGAGCAGGCUUGGUGUGCCUUAUGUAAAACCGACACUACUUUUGGGAAAUGUCACCAGAAUGGGAAAUGGGAUAGGUGAAUUCGACCUGGAAAUGUUCUACGAAUACGACAAAGUUAUAGGAACAUACAUCUUACACAAGCCAUCAUUACUUUUACUGGACCCUAAACUGGUUCGAGACGUCAUGAUAAAGAAUUUUUCUAGCAUGCCAAAUAGAACGCAUCCAUUUAAAUCCAAAACAGAUCUUCACCACGCUGUUUCUCGACUCAAAGGAGAUCAUUGGAGGUUCAUGAGAAACACAUUGUCUCCAAUAUUCGCAUCUGGAAAAAUGCGAAAGAUGUGUCCAGCACUUACACAAGCUUGUCAGCGAUUGUUCAACAGUAUUGAACAUGAAUCGAGACUUGGUAAUGCCAUUGAAUUCAAGAGGAUGUUUGGAAACUUUACAAUGGAUGCUAUCGCUUCUCUCGGAUUUGGAAUGCAAUUGGAUUUGUAUAAAGAAGACGAAAAUGAAUUUGUAACUAAGGCAAAAGAAGUGUUUCUUGCAUUUGGAGGCCUUGGAGUUAUUCUCGAUAGUUUUAUGCCACCUCUUUAUAAGCUUCUUGUUAAGUUGGGUUUUGACAUGGAUGGACAAAGCAAACACUGUUUAUUUUUCAGACAAUUUGUGGAACAAGCGAGGACACAGAGAGAAAAGGGUGAUAAGGAUCGGGCUGAUAUUCUUCAGCUUUUGUUGGAUGCCCAUAACGACAAUGAGGUUAAUGACACGGAGAAAAUGAAUGACUAUAAAAGCAAUAAAGAUGAAUGGAAAAAGCGAGGUUUAACAAAUGAUGAAAUUAAUGGUAACUCCAUUGCCUUUAUGAUCGCUGGAUACGACACUACGGCAUCAGCUCUGACCUUCACUGCAUAUUGUUUGGCAACAAAUCCGGAAUGCCAGGACAAACUGCUGGAAGAAAUAGAUUCAACUGUUGGACAGGAUCAACCUGAUUAUGACAAUACACAAAAGAUGGAAUACCUAGACUGUGUGAUAAAAGAGGCAUUACGAUUGUAUACCCCAGCGCAAAGAACAGUUCGGGAAACCGAUGUGGAUUUGGAGAUAGCUGGCUACAACAUACCCAAAAAUACGGAAAUAUCAAUACCAAUAUAUGCGCUUCACAGACAUCCGAAAUACUGGAAAAACCCAAUAAAAUAUGACCCUGACAGAUUUUUGGCAAAGAACAAGUCUAACUUGACCCCAUAUACGUUCCUUCCGUUCGGACUUGGACCAAGAAGCUGCAUAGCGAUGCGCCUGGCUUACUUGGAAGCUAAAUGUGCCUUAGUCACCAUUCUUCAAAAAUACAAGUUUGUCCCAUGUGAUAAGACUGAGAUUCCCUUGAAAAUUGAUUCCAGAGUGCUUCUGAAGCCAAAGAACGGUCUCUUCCUGGAGAUGGAGGAACGCAAGCUCUCGUGAUUUUAACUUCAUUUUGUAAUUUAUAAACUAUUCUUUAAUGUUUCGAAGCAAAAAAAUGACCAAUUAGAUUUUUGAAUAUAUAAACACUAAUGUUCCAGGAAGGUUGUGUUCAGAAUGUAUACAUAAACAAAAACUGGGGUAAAUGUUUACAUACGAUUACUCUUCUAGGUACCUGACCUUACCUUUGGUGAUUCCAGGGGCUCGUGUUUUUGUCCUGUUCUCAUUUCGUAUUGCUUAAAUGUGAUUAAUGGAAUUGAUUACAGCUCGUUAUUUUCACCCUUUUUCAUAUUAAAUGUACAUGUAUAUGUUAUAAAUUGUGUAAGUUGCAUAAUUUUAAGUUACGAUUGUGCCAAUUCAUUAUAAUUUCAACAGCAACAAAGAUUCUUCCUUAUUUGUUGUACACGAACAUCUUAUAUCUUAUGUCUUGUACAUUUGCAUCAGCCAUUUGCUACUAUAGAUUUUAAAUAUUACUCCCGACAUUUUUUUUAUUAUUGAAAUACGUGUAUAUGAUUUAUGAAAUGUUAGUUGGAAUUCAAAUGAGAAAAGGAAUAAAUAAUUCUUGUAAUGGAAAGACAUUAUUAAACAUAUGGAAAAUAUCAA